AUGACCCGCUCACGCCCUGCCGAUGUCUUCUUCUUCGCCUCCCCCCGGACCCUGUCCAACCUGCUCGUCAGGCUCCUGUCCAAGCAGACCGACUGGAAGGAGGAGGGCUACUACCUCCACGAUGUUUAUGAAUACGUACAGUUGAACUUGAGCAGCCAUGAAACGGAAUUUCCCACAGAGUCAUUCAAGACGUAUCUAGAGAUGAUGCGCCUUGGGCACAAGGAGCUACUGGUGGCGCGCAAAAACGCCCACGAGAAUGGUCGUGCUUUUUUCACAAAGAGCCACCUUGUCGAGCUGGUGAAUCCGUCGCUCUUCUUUACCGGGUUGCAGAGCGACGCGUCCCCCUCGAUGGUCAGCGUCGAGCUCGAGACAUUGCUCUCGCUCGCAUCGCGCACCAACCCGACUUUGCUGUCAGACGAGACGCUUCUGUCGUUUGUACCCCUGUUUCUCAUCCGCCACCCGGCACUCGUCGUGGACUCAUGGUAUCGCGCCAAGGGCCAUCCGCCGGCCGCCGUGCUACGCGAUAGCCUCCUCCUCACAAGGGCUCUAUUCGAUUGGUACACGGCCGCUGCGGCUUUAUCGUCGGCUUCUGCAACUGUCGCCUGCACGAACAUGUUACUGGGCCGCAAGAGCUAUCCAAUCGUCGUUGAUGCGGAUGAUUUACUCGAAGGCGACACGGUGCAGAGACUGGCCAGGACGAUUGGCAUGGACCCGGCGCAGAUCCUGCAGCAGUGGGAGACGCAAUCGGCCGACAUCAUAGAUCCACGUGUUCGCCCUUUUGUGAAGGAUCUAUGGGCAUCCACGGGGAUUGACAAGACCAAGAGUGCCAAGAGACUGGACCUGGAGGCCAAGUUCAAGAGCUGGAGCGACUUGUAUGGCGUCGACGUAGGUAAGACGCUGGCAGAUCUGACCAACGAUCAGAUGGAGGGUUACUUGUGGCUCAAGAGCCGCAAGUUUUGA